UUUCAGCCGAGCAGACGCGCCAAAGUCAUCGUACAAGCCAGACCCAGAUCGAAACACAGUCCAGCCCAAGCCCCAAGUCGUAGUCGUAGUCGGAAUCGUUUUGACUCCACAAUCAAAGCAAAAGGCAGCUAAUAAAAAGUGCUAAUGGUGUAUUUAAAAUAUGAAUAAUUGCGAGUGUAUGGCAGGGCCACAAAAACGGUUACAAGAGCCACAACCACAACCACAACGGUAACGAUAACAAAAAGAGAUUUUCUUUUUUUCGUGGGACGAAGAAAUCGCAUUUGCAUUUCUCUCCGCGCUCGCUGGAAGAUUAUAUUGGAUCAAUCGCCCAUUGCCCAUCGUCCGUCGAUCGUCACUGUGUGUUUUGUGUUUGUGAGCGAGUUUCGAGUGAAAGGUUACUAGAAUAAUAAUCCGAAUAAUAAAUAUUUAAAUGCAAAUAUUAGAAACCCGUUAAGAGGUGCAGACGACGUCGCCAGAAGAAGAAUAGAAGCAGCGGCGGCCGCGACCUCAACUCAAUUUCUGGGAGAGUCUCUCUCUCUGGGCAAUGCCUGACAGGCGCCGAUCAGCGACGUCGUCGUAAUGGGCAACCGCAUCGCAGCGACUGCAGCAGGAGGUGGCGGUGGAGUGGUGGCUGGUGACGAGCUGCCUUCCAGGUUCAACACACGCAGACGAUACCAGCAGCACAAGCGGGAGUACUGCCUGCAGAGCGAGUAUCGCUCCAAGACCCUUCCCGCACGACACCCACACAACGAUCACGAACACGGGGAGAACCCGCAAGACCCAAGGCUUGGGUCCAGCAGCUGCCUGGGCGGACCACAAGCAGCCAAUGGUGCACCGCACAAUGGUGAGACGUCGCGGGUGUUGUUUCUGCUCUACUUGAUUCACCGCACCUGGAACGUGGUCAUGGACACGAUGGACACACGCACCAAGAGUCGUUCACCUCACAGUGGUUCGCCACAUAAAGGGGAGACCCUACCGAUGGAGGCCCAGCGUCGACCGAUGGAUGAGGAGUGCUCCAUUGGCAUCACAGAUUUGGAUGCUGUCUCCUCCUUCUGCUCCCAGUACUCAUGCUGCAGCUGCAGCUACUGCGACGAGGAUCCAGCGGGGACACAGACGAAUGUCUACAGCUCUAUUGCUGAUGAUUAUUCCCUGGACUCUAUGUUCGAGGAGGGAAAGUCACUGGCCGAAGAAAGUGACAGCUCGACGCUGCAGCGACACCAGCAGCACCAGCACAGGGGACGACACCAACGACACUCGUUCCAGAUGGCUCCCAGUGUCUGCCACGACACUGCCUCGAAGAUGGCACCACAAGCAACGCCUGUGGCUGCUUCCAAGUCUGCUGGCGGCACUUCCAGCCAUGCCUCGGGCACACAGAAAUGCGGUGGCAGCAGUCUCAAUGGAUCUUUGGCCUCCUACAAGAUGGCUGGCUCCGAACAGAGUUGGCCACAGGCGCCAGUCUACAGUAAAGAAAAUCAACGUCCACCGGUGUACAAUCCAGAGGAUUAUGUGCUCUCGCUGCGAAAGUUCACCAAAGGAAGCAGCGCCUCGAAAAUGAAAUCCAUUUACGAUGUCUGCACCACGCCCAGUGCCAAGGAGGAGGUCUACAAAUCCUCUACACUGCCAGCAAAGCAUUCCGAAUACAAAUCUCCCAUUCCUGCACCGCCGGAGAGCGACAGCGAAAUGUCGCUCCGACAGUUUGGCUCCAUCACGGAUCUGCUGACCAAACUGAGGGCCGAUCUGAGGGUCUCCUUUCCCAGCUUUGUGCAAGAGUUUGUGGCCACGCCUUCGGAUGGAAUUAGCCAUCUGCUGGAGGUGCUGCGGGCCAUACAAAUGGCUCAAGCGAGCAAUGCCCCAGCGCCUGUGCCAGGUGCAAGCAAUUCCCUGGCCAUGUCGCGCAAUCCACAGAGCUACCAGCGACGGGCACUGCUCGAUGAGCUCUCCUGCCUGCAAUGCCUGAGCAUCUGCUGCUCUCGCUCGCUGGAUGCCAUAGCCCGUUUGGGGAACACACCUGUGGGCCUCAUGCCGCUCGCUUCUUCGGCCACGGGGCAGGGCAUUCGUGCUCGGAUUCUCGCUCUGCAGCUGCUGGCCUCCGCCUGUGAUCGCCAGCCGUUUGGCAGUGGCACUGGCAGCCAGAAGAUCGCCUCCGCGGGACACACAGCCGUCUCGGAGGCCAUGUCCACGCUCCGUUUGCGAUGCAGUGAACCCGUGCGCUUCCGCCUGCUGGUGGGGAUCCUCAACAGCGGUGGGGGAUCCGGGGAGCUACAGUGUGCAGGCGUCAAAUUCCUCAACACAUUCAUCGAGAGUGCGGUGAGCAUUCAGCAGCGUCUCUACAUCCAGGCAGAGCUCUUCCAGGCGGGUCUCGAGCCCAGCACUCUGGCACGAACCAUUUCCUCCUCCUCGCCCUGGCUGGACAGCCUGCGGGCGGAGGUGAAGCGCUUCAACGAACUCCACAUCGACGUCGACAAGAUGAUGGCCCAGGCACGCGAUGCGGAUCGCACCCGCAGCCAGAUGGUGAUCCUCGAGCGACGCGUGCAGAUCCUGCACGAGGAGAAGGCAGUUCUCACCUCCAUGGAGCGGCGGCUGCAGGAGCGAUGCGCGGAGCUGCAGCGGGAGAUCUUCCGCCUGCAGGGCGCACAGCAGGAGUCCAACUUCAAGCCGGUGGAGGCCCAUCAGCCCGUGGCACUGCCACGACAGGUGCCACCCCCUGGCAAGACCACGAAGCAGAGCUGUUCGGAGCACGAGGAUGAGGGCAUCAGUAGCUCCGAGACGGGCGCUUCGCUCAGUCCAGUGCCCAUACUGGUGCUUCCCUCGAAGGCGGCCAAGAAUCAGCAUCACAAAGCGCGGAAAAUCCCCGUGGAGGAGGACGAGGACGAUGCAGCGACCAUUGAGGAUGUCAUCGAGGAGCUGGACAACAUUGUCAGCGAGGCGGAGAAGCAAAUCAGCAGCCACCACCACCACACGUCGCGCCAUCGUGCGCCCGUGGAGCAGGACAUUAUCCCAGUGAACAUUGUGCCGCAGCCGCCAAGGAAAUCCCGCUCCUUGGCGCACCUCGUGCCCCGCACCGACUGCUCCCAGCAGGAGGGCGGCUCCGACUAUGGAAUGCUGGUGCAUCAUCCUGGGGAUCCAGCGGCUGCCGAGCGACUGGCCGCCAUGCAGACCUUCUUCGAUGAGGCCGACUACGAUGCCCCCGAGACGGAUCAUCCGUCGAGCUAUGCCAUGGACUCCCCAUCCCCCGAUAUGCCGGAGGCCAAUGCCGCCGCCACGGCCUACAAUGCCGGCACCAAUCGGGAGCUGCUCGAUGUCAUAAUGAAUGCACGACACGACGAGCACGAUCCCACGAUGCAGGCCUUGAGGAAGAGCGCCCAAGAUGUGCCUCAGGCACCGGUGGUGCCCCACAAGAUGAAACCCCCCGCACCGGCACCGCCAGCCCCACCGGCCCAGCAGUUCAAUGGCGUCUUCUUUAUGACGGGCAUGAACACACCGCAGCGGUACCCAAAGCCCGACAUCACCGCCGCCCUGCAGGCCCGACGAGUCACCAAGAAUGUGGAACGCCUGGAGGCGGCCUUUGCCUCCUCCUCCAGCGGUGGCGCCCACGAGGCACUCAAUGAGGCAGCCAUCAAUGGCAGGGAGAAGUCGCGCAGCAACCAGCAGAUCUACUUCAGCAGCAACCCAGCCAUGAGGAUGCACCAGGAGCCACCAGUGGCAGUGACCAUGCCCGGACACAGUCCCGCAUCCCGCACGCGCUCCUACACCCAGGGUUCAAUGUCCAAGGUGACGGAUCUACCCUGUGGCCUCUACUGAUCCUCAGAUCAACACUCGAAUAAAUUAUGUUCUCGUUGAUUGCUGCUCCUCCUCCGCCUGUGCAAUAGCAAGCCACACUCUUAGGUUACGACAGAAAACACCCAUCAGAUCAGAUCGGAUCGGAUCGGAUCUUAUUUAUAUGUAAAACUAUUCAUUUAUAAUCUAUCGCAUAUCUCAUGAUCAAAUGUAGUUACGGUGGCAGCUUCAACCGCGGGUUCAUAGCCGAUAAGUAGCUUAGGUCUUAGCGUACUUUUACUCCUUCCUUUGCUACAAAUAAAUAUUUCAUAGUCGUA